CAUAUUACAUACACGUAUACACCACAGAAUACGUGUACACCAACCCGACUAGCAUUUCUCUCGCUCACUCUCUCUAUCUAUCUCGCUCACAGAGAGUCUCACACAGUAAGCGUUUCUCGAAAUGAAGAAUCAUCUCAUCUCUCUCCUCAUCCUCUUUUCUCUCUCUACAAUCUCUACCGCAAUCUCUUCAGAACUCCCCCAAUCACAAGCGCAGAAGCUGAUCAGAGACCUCAAUUUGUUCCCCUCCGAGUUAAUCAACAUCGUCGAUGCUAAUCACUCAGCUCCCCCUCUACUGAGUCACAACGCUAAUCGACUCGUCGAGAAGCGAUUCAAGUUCCCUGGCUUAGCAACCGCCGGUGUGUCUGUUGAAGAGUUAGGUCAUCAUGCUGGUUAUUAUCAGAUUCAACACUCUUACGCUGCUAAGAUGUUCUACUUUUUCUUUGAAUCGCGCAAUAGCUCAAAUGACCCUGUUGUCAUCUGGCUGACCGGAGGGCCAGGUUGUAGCAGUGAGUUGGCACUUUUUUACGAAAAUGGACCUUUUACUAUUGCAAACAACUUAUCUCUUGUGUGGAACGAGUAUGGUUGGGACAAGGUGUCAAACCUACUGUAUGUUGACCAGCCUGUUGGGACUGGAUUUAGUUAUACCUCUGACAAGCGUGACAUUCGCCAUGAUGAAAAUGGCGUUAGCAAUGACUUAUAUGACUUCUUACAGGCUUUCUUUGCGGAACAUCCCGAGUUUGUUAAAAAUGACUUUUUCAUUACUGGUGAAUCAUAUGCUGGACAUUACAUUCCUGCUUUUGCUGCCCGAGUCUACCAAGGAAACAAAGCCAAAGAAGGAAUUCAUGUAAAUCUGAAGGGAUUUGCAAUUGGUAAUGGGCUUACAGACCCAGAAAUUCAGUACAAAGCUUACCCAGAUUAUGCACUGGACAUGGGCCUCAUCACAACAGCAGAGUAUAAACGUCUAAAUCUGGCUCUUGUUCCAGUUUGUGAAGCAUCAAUAAAGCUUUGUGGUACUGAUGGAACAGUUGCCUGUGUGGCUUCAUAUGUUGUUUGCAAUCUUGUAUUCAGUACUAUCCUGUCACAUGCUGGCAACGGUAUCAAUUACUAUGACAUCAGAAAGAAGUGCGUCGGAAGCCUUUGCUACGACUUCUCAAACAUGGAGAAAUUUUUGAACCAGAAUUCUGUUAGGGAUGCUCUUGGAGUUGGUGAUAUAGAUUUUGUUUCCUGUAGUCCUACUGUGUAUCAGGCCAUGCUUGUGGACUGGAUGAGGAAUCUUGAAGUUGGAAUCCCUGCCCUUCUUGAGGAUGGAAUUCAGAUGCUUGUAUAUGCCGGAGAGUAUGACCUCAUUUGCAACUGGCUUGGUAAUUCGAGAUGGGUUCAAGCAAUGGAAUGGAGUGGACAGAAAGAGUUUGUAGCAUCUUCUGAAGUUCCUUUUGAAGUUGAUGGUUCCAAAGCUGGUCUACUCAGAAGCCACGGGCCUCUCAGUUUCCUGAAGGUGCAUGAUGCAGGUCACAUGGUACCCAUGGAUCAGCCCAAGGCUGCACUUGAAAUGUUGAGAAGGUGGACACGGGGCUCACUCUCUGAAGAAACAAGUGAUUCUGGGAAUUUGGUUGCUUCAAUGUGACUUUUAAUUAAUAACUAAUAACUAAUGAUUAUUAAUAAUAGCUUGUAAAUAUGUACCACAAAUGUUGUUGAAAUAACAUUAAGCUGCAGCUGAUCAUUUUCUGGUGGACUACCAUUGAUAAUGUAUUUGGAUCAAGCUCUUCGGCAGACUUCCUAUGUUGAAUUUUACUUGCAGAGGGAAGUUUGAAUUUUAAACCUGCAUAAUAAAAAGGUUUCUGUUUGUUAUUA